AUAAUAUCGACAUCGAAAUGUUUAACGAUUAAAAUAAUUUCUAAAUGCUGUUCGAUUCUAGUGCCACGUCGCGGUAAAAGUACGAAACUGUGCAUUCUAUUCAUAAUAAAGGAAUUGACAUAUUCUCAUCACGAAAUUUUACAUUAUAUUUCAUCCCGUAGAUCUAAUGAUUAUUUUAUAUUGCUAAUAAAUUAGUGCGCUAAGCAAGAAUGAUAACGUUAACAAGGAACUUGAAGAAAUCAAAUGAGGAGAAUGGACAGACUAACAAAAGAGUUUCGAUUCGUGAUAAGCUGCUUGUAAAAGAAGUUCAGGAAAUGGAGGAAAACAUGCCAUCGACUGUCAAAUGUGAAUUUCCCGAUGCAAACAUGCUGAGUGAAUUUUAUCUUAUCGUCAGUCCGAAUGAAGGUUUAUGGAAGAAUGGGAAAUUUAAAUUUCUAGUGACUGUAAAUGAGGAAUACAAUAUGAUGCCUCCUAAAGUCAAAUGUCUUACGAAGGUUCUUCAUCCUAAUAUUUCUGAUAAAGGAGAAAUUUGUCUGAGCUUACUCAGAGUUAACUCAAUCGAUGGCACAAGUUGGCUUCCUACUAGAAGACUGAAAGAUGUCAUGUUUGGAAUUAACUCAAUUUUUACAGAUCUUUGUGAUUUCUCAGAUCCUUUAAACGUUGAGAUCGCUGAAGAAUAUGCAACAGAUAGUGAGAAAACGAAAUCGAAAAUAAGGGAAUUUGUGCAGUUGCAUGCAAGAUAAAGGAUGUUGAUGGUUGUUUUAUUGUGAGUCGUUUUGUGAAUGUCUGUUCUAUGUAGUCAUGAUUGUUUUAGUAGCUGAGGAGUUAAGAGCUGGAAAUUUUAAAAAUUAUUCCAAGAUUAAACAGUUUUGUAAGAUUUUUAAGAAUGCAGGAUCUAUUGAAUCUCUUGAAUAUUCAAUUCAAAUUGAUCAUCCCUCAAAAGAUAGUGACUAGCAUACAUGCUAAUUUCAGCCAUUCUGAUCAAACCACGGUACUAAAAUCAAGAUCCAGUAACAUCCAGCCAUCUGAAUCUCCUAUAAAUCUACUCAACCAAACGUGAUUGAAUGGAACAUAAAUGUAAAGUUUCCUUAUGUUAAAUGGAUAUU